UGCAACACUCCCGCUCCGUCAUCAUUGCCUUCCCUCUGAAUGUCCGUCAUCUUGGACUCACGUUAUGCUAAACAUGGCGGACGCUAACACUUUCCUGUACUUUGCAUACGGCAGCAAUCUGUUAAAGGAACGACUGCAGCUGAAGAAUCCAUCAGCGGCGUUGCACUGCGUGGCCGUACUAAAGGACUAUAAACUGGUAUUUGGGAACCACAAAGGCCUUGCGAGUGAACGCUGGCAUGGGGGCGUUGCUACAGUGGAGUACAGCCCCGGGAAUGAGGUGUGGGGGGUGGUGUGGAGAAUGAACCAAUCUGAUCUGGAGUCUCUCGAUAGUCAGGAGAAUGUGAUGUUGGGCGCGUACCGUCCCAUGGAAAUAUUCGUCACCACAAAAGGUCCGGAGCUCAGUUGUCGCACCUACAUGAUGAACAGCUGUGUGUAUGCCCCACCAUCGCCGCAGUACUUGCAGGUGAUUCUGAUGGGAGCUGAGCAGAACAGACUGCCAAAGGACUACCAGGAGAAGUUGAGAGCGAUCCAGACCAACAUGUAUGAUGGUCCUCUUCCCAUGAUGGCUGACCUGGAGCGAGCCAGAGAAGCGGAACAACAUCCGUGCUGUGACAAUCAUGCCUGACCGCACAAAAUCAAACCUGACAUCUUCAGUUCUUGAUUUCUACUCAUUGUAUUUCAUAGGCCACGUGGACCAGACUCUCAUUAUUUCCAAAUGGGUUUGGCAAGAAAAGCUUUUAGAAUAUUUUCUAUAAUAAAAUCUUUGAAAAAUGAUGCCUCGUGUUUCUGAAGACUUCAUGCAGUCCAGAUGAUACAAGUAUCGAUGCUUCAGAUAUCAGCUCUUUAUUCUCUAAAAGAGAUUAUCAAAUGAAAAUAUUGAUACUUUUGAUACUUCAAUUAUUUGUAAUGUUUGUCUGUUAGCAUCUGUUGUUUGCUCAUGUUUGUCCUGGAAUUGUCCAACUCGGAUCAGAAAGAAAAGCAGUGGUAUCUGUAAAAGCAUCACCUGUAAAUAACAAUCCAGAGUCAUGUUAUGCAAGCCAAAUAUUCACAAAUAUUCUUCUGAACUGAAAAUAUUAUAUGAAUCACUCAAAUUGAUAAUCAAAAACAGAAAAGCACUGAAAACCUUUCAUACGUUGGAGAACGUUCUAAAAACAAUUCAUAUGAAGAACAAGCUUAAGUGACGUGUUUUCUAUUUUUAUUUUGUUGUUCUUAUUUUCAAGCAAUAUCCCUCGCACAUUCCUUUCUUUGUUAUUUUUUUUA